UUCACGCUGAAAUAAAAUGGAUGGUAUAAUAAAACAGAUCAGAGAUUGAUAUUAAUAAGGACAGAUGAUGACAAUAUAUAUGACAAUACGAUUCUAUUAAUAAGUACAAGAAAUACGAUCAGUCAUGAUCCAAUUAUUGAGAGGUGCUGAUUGGUUGUUCUCGAUGUGGCAAUCGCAACGAAAACUACAAAAGAUACCACCUAACCAUCGACCCAAUUUUUAUCAACGAUCUUGUUGCAAGUGUCACCAUCAUCUGUACAUCUGUUCAUAGAAAGCAUAAAUACAUAAAAAAAUCACGCAAUAAAUUAGAUUAAAAAUUGGAAACCUGACAAUAACAGAAUAUAAUCGAAUUGUCAAGAAACAAAAAAUUUUAAGAGACGACUGUCUGAAAAGUUCUUUACAUCAAUUAUAUUUUUCUAUAAAUCUUUAAGAAUCAAAAAUAAAACAAAAAGUGGACGUUUAAAACUUUAUUAAAAAUGGCAAGUUAUAUGCCACCAAAUUAUAUGCCGUUGGAAUCAAAAUGGCGACAUUAUCCAACGUACAUCUAUUCAAGAAAUUACGGAUACGGAAUAAAUUAUUAUCAACCAAUGAUUGAUUAUAUAGAUUCCAAGCGAAUCGCUUCAAGAUCACCUUUACCAGAGCUUGAAAGAAGAAUGGAAUUACCUGAAUUACCCUGGUCUGACAGCAGAGUUUUAUGGGAAGACAAAAAAGUGCAACCCUACACGAGAGAUGAUGUAAUUAAAUAUGCAAUUGACGCUGAAGACGAAGCCAAAGAUCACCUAUCUCGUUUUAAGAUAGCAAAUCGCUCGGACUUCAGCCUGGCCAAGACCGUGCAGGCCAGCCGCGUGACCAAGGAGAUUUUUCCGCGUACCGGAAAGGACCUGAAAAGACUACCUAUGCCGUUGAUGUUCGCCAGCACUCGUGCCCGCAGCGAGGUCAAGGAGAUCCAGCAGGAAGCGAUGAGCAAUAUUAAGCUGCAGGCGUUGAAAGAUGUUCGGAUGAUGACCGAGGUGAAUGACGCGUUGAAGCAUGCUAAAAGUCUCCGUGGAAAAUCUGCGAAAGCAAUAGAAUUCCAUCUAAGGACAGAAGCACUGAAGAAUCUGUCCAAGAGCCAGGAGUUGGCUGAUAUCCGGAAAUUCCAAAAGGAGACCGUGCAUUCUCUCUGGGACGACACGGUACAUAGCAGAUUGAUGAACGAAAGGGCCAAGGCUCUAAUUGAUGAGGACAAGCUGACGCAGCCACUUGAUACGCUCAGCAGGGAGCUGCGCGGAUUCGAGCAGAAGUCCAGCAAUUAUUUUCUAGAUAAGAGGUAUCAAGAUCGUGCGAGACGGGAACUAUUGUAUGGGUGUCGAGGAUGCGAGUAUUAUAAUGUUAAGCGUGGUAGAUAACCGAAAAUUAAAUCCCAGGAUGGAUAAAGUAAAUCGAUGGACAUCCAAACUGAUAACAAGAGUAGGACUAAAUAUUAAAUAUUAGAUGUAUCAAAAUUGUUUGGAAAUAAUAACCAAUAAAAUGUCAUUCUUAAAUUCCGAAGAAUAGCACUGUGAUUGAAAAUUUUAUUGUUUAAAUAAUAUUUAUCAAAAUAGAGAGAGUAAAAAACUAUUUGAUAUGUUUACAUCGAAUG